CCUGCUGCCGCUGCUGGACCCGGCCCGGAUGGUCGCCGACGGCGCUCCCCAGCCCAGCGCCAUGCCCCUUCAGCUGCCCUACGCCGGCGACGAGUGCGUACACGUGUUCCGGGUGCGGUGUCGCAGCAGCGGCCGCACCCGCUCCCUGGUCCGCUGGCUUCGCCACACGCGCAACGCCAACGACAACCUGAUGCGUGCCGUACGCUGCAACAACGUGGAGCGCCUGGCCAGCCUGGUGCGCGCCGGCGCCGACGUCAACCAGGCGGACGAGACCGGUCGGACAGCCCUGCAUCUGGCCGCCCAGCAGUGCUCCUCCGGCAUGGUGGCGGCGCUGCUGUCGCUGGGCGCGCGGCCCAACGCCCGCGACAUCGUGGAGUGCACGCCGCUGCACGCGGCGCUGGCCGGCCAGCGGGUGCGGCUGCUCAGCGGACUGUGGCCGCCGGACAGCCGGCCCACCUCCGCCAGCCGCUCGAUAGAGGAGCUGCGCGAGGUCUGUGGACGGCGCAGCAGGGAGGGGAUGGAGCAGAGGGACGGGACAUGGGGCGGGAGUCAGGAGAUGUGA